CCUUCCCACGCGGCGCUCGGUGACAUUGAGCGCUCUAGCGCCGCCGCCUCCUAGCUGGGAGCUGUGCAGUCUGCGGAGCGGCGGCCAUGUGGAGCCUGCGCAGCUUUCGCCUGGCGGCGGGAAAUUUUUUUAGGUUAUAUGAAAGCAAUGCUUCCUCAUCACUAAGGUUUACCAGAAACUCUGAUUUGAAGAGACUGAAUGGAUUUUGCACAAAACCACAGGAAAGUCCCAAAACUCUGACCAAUUCUUACAGCCACAGAGUGCCACUGCACAAACCCACGGACUGGGAAAAGAAGAUCCUGAUAUGGUCAGGUCGCUUCAAAAGCAAGGACCAAAUUCCAGAGACUAUCUCGUUUGAGAUGCUUGAUGCUGCGAAGAACAAGGUACGGGUGAAGAUCAGCUACAUAAUGAUUGCCCUGACGGUGCUAGGAUGUAUCAUGAUGGUUAUUGAGGGCAAGAAGGCUGCCAAAAGAAAUGAGUCUUUAACAAGCUUGAACUUAGAAAGGAAAGCUCGUCUGAGAGAGGAAGAAGCUAUGAAGGCCAAAACAGAGUAACAGAAGUCUCCGUGCUGGCUGGACUGUGAACAUCCAGGAAUAAUGCAGCAACUGCCUGUGCUGAAAAGAAUGUGGUAUGACGACCCACCUCCUAAAUGUAGGUCUUACACAAGCUUAUACCAGUUCCCUGUAGAGGUACAAAUAAAUUUUCUUAAAGAACAACUUGUCUGCUUUUAUAGCUUUGAUCCAAGUAAAAUGCACUCUCAGCUUUUCAGGGGAAAUGAAAAUUGAUACAACUUCAAUAUUAAUGUUUUUUAGACAAUUUGGUACCAUAUCUUACUUUAUUCCAGUUAUUACGAAAGUGACAUCUCUCCAGGAGCCAAAAUAGUUUCAUUAUUUCUCUAUUACUUUUUUUUUUUGUAUUGGAAAUUGAAUUCAGGGCCUUUGCACUGGUCUAUAUCCCCAU